CUACAACAUAAAUGCACACCAGUUCCUCUUCUUAGAAUACAAUAUGAAGCAUUUGCUCUCUUCUUUCCUCCUAACAUUUUCAUGCAAGACCAGGGGAGGAAACAUUGUCUCUGGCCAAAAGGAAAAAGUCUUUCAAGGAAAAAGAGCCUGAAAUGGGUCUGUUGAGUUCUAAAAACCCUAAAGCCAAGCAAGCCCAAAUUCUUCUUCUGGGGCUGGACUAUGCUGGGAAGUCUACUCUCCUUUAUAAAUUAAAGCUUGCUAAGGAUAUUGUGACCAUCCCGACAGUAGGUUUCAAUGUGGAGACGCUCGAGUGGGAAAAGAGUCUUUCCCUCACGGUCUGGGACGUUGGAGGACAGACCAGAAUGAGGAGCGUGUGGGGCUACUACUGUGAGCACACCGAUGGGCUGGUGUACGUGGUGGACAGCACCGACAAGCAGCGGCUGGAGGACUCCAGGAGGGAGUUUGAGCACAUUUUGAAGAAUGAACACAUUAAAAAUGUGCCUGUUGUCCUGUUAGCCAACAAACAAGAUGUGCCUGGAGCUCUGACUGCUGAGGAUAUCACCAGAAUGUUCAAAGUGAAGAAGCUCUGCUGUAACCGGAACUGGUACGUGCAGCCCUGCUGUGCCAUCACCGGGGAGGGGCUGACCGAGGGGCUCAGGAAAGUCACCGAAUUCGUGAAAAGCCACAUGAAAUCAAGAGACACUUUAUCACUCUUUAAGCAGAACUAAGGGCUGUACAGUGAAAGAGACAUUGAUGGAGUUGAAAGGGUAAUUUUUUUUCUGUGCCUGGUGAGAAAGUUGCUGAGAUUUGAAAAUCUUUUCCUGAGAUGUUAUGUCACCCACAUUCAAAGAACUCAAAAUAAUAUCAAUAUUAUUUUUAGCCAGACACUUUAGCAACUAUGUGAUAAUGAUGAUUGAGAAUUAAAAAUGUAAUAUUUUGUGCAUGUUGGAUGGUUCAGAAUAAUCAUAUUUGGGACCAAAUAAAUUAUUGCUUUAUUAUUUUUAUAUGACUACUGGAACAUUUGAAGGAAACUGUCUGCUAACAGAGUCACAAUCCUUUCAGAUUGUUUUCGGCUGUCACAGGUAUGCAAUUUCCACUGCACUCAUAUGUAACAGCUGAGUGGUGAAAAAAAUGAACUUUAAAUUAUGGAGAGGAAAAAGGUGGAUGUGACCAUUUUGUAAACCCCUAUUUAUCCUCUAUAUAAAGUUUCUCUUCCGGAUUCCUGCCAGCUUUUUGAAAUCUACUGCUGGGAACUUCCUACAAUGAAUCAAACAAUGAACUCCAGGCUGUUAGUUGCCCAGAGGCUGUGUUUUUCCACAGGGAGAGAAGUUUGUAUCUUAAGACUCUGGGGAUCAGAGUAGCACCUUAGAGGUUAGGGUAAGGUCUGGGAUUACGGCUCAGCUUGAGGCCACAGCCCCAAGACCAGCUUUACUAAAAUUCAAUGUAACAGUCAUUGCUUGGGAACUAUGUAUGGCUCACGGUACUGAUCAAACAGGAACCAGAGCUAGACUUUGCUCUUGCCGUUUACUGAGGGAAACAUGAAGCUAGUAGUUAGAAUACGGCAGUAAGUGCUGUGUGCUACAACAAGAGAGACUCUUUCCGACCUGGAAAGACAGGAGGUGCUUUACGCAGGAGAGGGUGUUUAAGAGGAUCCUCAAUGUCUCAUGAAGCUACGGGUUAGUCACUGGAAGUUCCCAUCACUACGAGGCUCUCUGACAUGCUGUGGGGGAGGGCAGGAGGAGAGAAGGAAGUAGAGAGUGAGUCGGAAUUCCCCUGAGAGGCUCAGAACUCCAGGGAGGCCCUGGUACUAACUCUUUCCUCCUACACUACCUCCAACAAGGCUCAUUGGAGCUAGAAGCAGGUUUCCAGCCUCCACAGCAGCCCCUGAGACUCACAGAGGAAAAUAAAGGUAUAAUAAACCAGGGAUGCCAGCCACUGGUUCUCUUCUCUCAUCUUAGACAUGAUUUGUUCAGCAAAGAUCUGAGCAGCUACUUCUGUGCUACACGAUAGAGAUUCACACAUUAUAAUAAAGUCGAUAUACACAUAAUAAUAAUUACCAUUGGUUGAAUACUUGUGUGUGCCAGGUAUACUAAACACUUUCAUACAUCUUCUCAUUUAAAGUUCAUAACUGCCUUGAGAGGAAUAGGCAUUAUUUUCUCAAUUUUAUAGAUGAAGAGUACUGAGACUAAACAAGGUUAAACAAUAAUAACAAACACACACACACACACACACACACACACACACACAAGACCUGGUCUUUUAGCUGAGGAGUGGCAGAGCCAAGAUUCAAACUUACGUGUGCCUGAUUUUAAGACUUGUUCUGUUAAUUGCCAUGAUAUUGUUUUAUAAAUAAGAUAUGGUUUCUGUCUUCAAUGAACUUAUAGCAUACAAUUAAGAAUAAAUCCAGGUUAAAUUAAAAAUAGAACUACCAUGUGAUCCAGCAAUCCCACUUUUGGGUAUAUAUCCAAAAGAGACUAAAUCACUGUUUUGAAGAGUUAUCUGUACCCCCAUGUUCAUUGCAGCGUAAUUUACAACAGCCAAGACAUGGAAACAACCUAAGAGUGAGUUGACGGAUGAAUAAAGAAAAUAUGAUAUGUA